UCAAUUCCACCUCAUCAUAUUACCCGCCGUUACGGAACGCGGAACUUAUUCCUUGUUGACAGUUUUGAAUUGGUUUUGAAAUAUAAACCGUUUUUAAGAAAAGACUCGAAGCAAUUGUGAUAGUUUACGUUGAAAUCUGUAGUCAAAAUAUCAAUUAAUUAUGGCCGAAUCUCCAAAAGAAGUUGAAAUAAAGAUUGAAAUUCAGAAACUCUUGGGACAGAUUAAUGAUGACAUGCUUAAAUUAAAAACGGAGUUGAAUACAAUAAAUAAUCUGAUAAAAGAAAAUGCAUCCUUACCCACGACAAUGAAAAUGGUGAAUGAGAAAUUGAUAAUAACGGCGAAAGAUGCUGGAAUUGAUAUCGAAAAUCUGGAUGAGAUUGUAAGUCUACGAGACUUAGAAGAAGAUGAAGAUGGAGCUCGAGGGGGUAGUGACACCGUACAGUCAAAUGAUAAUGCAUCAAAACAAACAUCUGAUGUCAGUGACUUUUCAGCAGCUGCACAUAAAAUCACAGAGCAAAUCAAGCAUGCUCUCAAUUAAUUGUUCCAAAUAAUUUUUAUACUUUUGUUACAGAAAUUAACUUAUCUUUGUUUAUUUAAUAAAUUUAAUAUUUUUUUAAGAAAA